AAUACGUCUCUCUCUCUCUCUCUCUCUCUCUCUCUCUCUCUUUCGCUCCUCGGUUGGUGUUCCGUUUGCGUUCUCUGAGAACGAGAGAGAGAGAGAGAGAGAGAAGGGGGAAGGAGGGACGAGAAGGAGAGACCCACCCCAUGGACGACUUCAGAUCGAGGUCCUUCAACGACGGGAAGAUGCAGCUGGAGGUGUACGGAGGCCGGCGCUCGGGGGCGGUCCCGGCCCCUCCGGUCCUGCACGACUACAGGAGCUACAGCGCUUCCUACUUCUACACCUACGACGGCAGCGGCGUCGGCUACGGCGAUUUCAAAGGGAAGCCUGACCACGGUUCCUCCGCGUCCAACAAGGGCGGGCGGGUCUUCAAAGACCCCGAGUUCCAGCGGAAACGGAGGGUCGCCAGCUACAAGGCCUACGCCGUGGAGGGCAAGGUGAAGGGCUCGCUGCGGCGGAGCCUCCGGUGGUUUAAGGAUAAGUACACCCGGGCGGUCUACGGCUGGUGGUAGGACUUCGCUUCCCCAUCGGUCCCAUCAUGCAGGUCACUGACCUGCAUCAAAAAGAAAUGAGUCAGAUCAAGAGGAAGCAGAUAUUCUUUGCAUUUUUCUUUUCUGUCGAAAUGUUCUUCAUUAACAUCUGCCAUUUGUUUAUGACUUGUGCAACAAAGUAUUGUAGUUAGUUUGGCGGAAAGAUGCCUGCUUAAUUCAUGGUUUUACCUAAUGAUGGCAGGUCAUGUGUGGAAACUUUGCUCGAUCGUUCCAUCCAUCGAGUAUUUUGCUCAUAAAUCAUGUUCCCAGAAGGGGUGACCAAAAGAACAA